ACUAUGAUGUGAAGGACAUCUCAUUGGAAGAAUUUGAAUAUGGCAUCUCAUCAGCGGCAAAGCCAGGAGAUAAGAUAUCCUCAGUAUGUAGUUUGGGAGCUACAGCCAGAUAAAAAAGCAAUACAAAAAAAUGAGUAGUUUGGGAGGCCCAGUGGUCAUUGUAUCUAGCUUUCUGUGUCUGUUUGUUCUCUUAGCUCUCAUCAAGGCCCUUCACAAAGUAUGGUGGACUCCGAGGCAUAUACAGAAUCUGAUGGCUUUGCAGGGAAUCAAAGGGCCUUCUUACAGACUUAUCCAUGGAAACACCAAAGAAAUCUUCAACAUGAAAAUGGAAACUAUGGGCAGUCCCAGAAAUUUAUCAGAUGACGUGUUAUCUGCAGUUCAACCUCAUAUUCGCUCAUGGACCAAGAUAUAUGGGAAGAAUUAUCUUCAGUGGCAUGGUUCUCAAGCUCAGUUGGUCAUAAUGGAACCCCAGUUGUGCAAAGAGAUACUAAGUAACAAAGAUGGAGCUUAUCCGAAAAGAGAGCCCGAAGGCUAUGUCAAGAAGCUAGUAGGAGAUAGUAUGGGGACAACAAACCAAGCUGACAAAUGGUCAAAAGUGAGAAAGCUGGCCAACCAGGCCUUUCAUGGAGAGAGCUUAAAAAGUAUGAUCCCGGCAAUGAUAGCUAGUGCUGAGACAAUGCUAGAUGGGUGGAAAAAUCAUGAAGGAAAAGAGAUUGAGGUUUAUGAACAAUUUAGGUUGUUCACUUCAGAAGUGAUUUCCAGGACAGCAUUUAGCAGCAGCUACUUAGAAGGGAAGAGUUUUUUUGACAAUUUGAUGAAGUUAUCCUUCUUAUUAGUCAAAAAUUCUUUCAAAGUCAGAUUUCCCGGCAUCAGUAAGAUUUUUAAAUCCAGUGAUGACAUAGAAUCAGAGAAGCUUGACAAAGCAAUGCGCGACUUCAUCAUAGCGAUUGUUAAGAAAAGAGAAAAGGCUGCAACGACUGGAGAAGAAAACAAAUUUGGGAAUGAUUAUCUUGGAUUACUUUUGAAGGCUCACCUUGAUACCAAUGAUUUGGUUGAUGAAUGCAAGACGUUUUACUUUGCUGGACAAGAAACCAGUAAUGGUUUGCUUGCUUGGAUUAUCUUUCUUCUGGCACUUCAUACAGAUUGGCAAGAGGAAGCAAGAAAGGAGGUCCUACAAUUAUUUGGCAAACAAAAUCCAACACACGAUGACAUUUCGAAGCUGAAGACAAUGAGCAUGAUCAUCAAUGAGUCUCUGAGGUUAUACCCUUCUGUUCUUUCCAUUGAUAGGAAAGUUACAAGGGAAGUUAAACUGGGAAGGCUCGUUGUUCCUGCUAAUGUUGAAUUGCUCAUCUCAUGUCUAGCACUUCACCAUGAGCCUGAGUUCUGGGGGGAUGACGUGCACCUUUUUAAACCAGAUCGAUUCUCGGAAGGUGUUGCUAAAGCUACAAAUAAUAACAUAGCCGCAUUCUUACCCUUUGGAAUGGGACCUCGAACUUGCGUGGGUUUCAACUUUGCAACCAUUGAAGCAAAGAUUGCUCUGUCAAUGAUUCUACAACGCUACCAGUUCACCCUUUCCCCCGGUUAUGUCCAUUCACCCGUUGAUUAUCUAACAAUUCGUCCACAACAUGGAGUUCAAGUGAUGCUACACAAACUGUAACCUGCAAAGACGAGAACUAGGAAUAGAUCAGGCACUUGGUGUACGGAAACAUUGAAGCCAGUGGAUGUGGUACCCUAGUAUA